AUGGCGGAGCUGGAGCCCUGCUUUCCUCCAAGCGGCAGAGCCCUGCAGCCCACGAGAAGCGGGCACAGCACAGCCCUGGCCUCUGCCCAGCACGCACGGAGCUGCCGUCCCUCCUGCUGGGUCCGACCCCGCACGGACGAUGCUCGCAGCACCGACCGGCGCGUCGCGGUUCCCCGGCAGCGCAGCGCGGUGUCCCGGCAGCGCGGGGCGGGGCGGACCGGGAUGGCGGCGGUGCGGGGCUGCGGGUUCGAUCCGCGCCUCGGCACUGAGCGGGGCCGGGGAGCAGCGGGGUCAGGAGGCACCGAGCUCCUCCUCCGGGCAGGUAGGCAAACACCAGCAGUGCGCUUCUGUCCCCCAGCUGCCAGCUGCCCCAUCCCAGAGGGCCCUGGUGCAGAGGUUGCUUUGCUUACUGCAUCCUCAGCCCAUGGGGACAUCCCUCCCCGUCCUACGUCUCUCCCAUCACUUUCUCGUGUCACAUACAAGGACUUCAUUCGCUGCCUGCCGGUUCAUCUCUCCCAGUACAUCCUGGGGCUUUUGGAUAACAAAUCCCUUAAAACAUGUGCCAGUGUGAGUAAAUACUGGGCUUUUCUGGCCAAAGAAGUUGAGAAGGAGCACGUGUGCCAAAAAGCAGUACAGAAGAAAAUCCUGUAUUUGCAGGGGUUGUGCCCUCGGGGAGCAGUCUCCAACUAUGCUAAAAUAGUUAAUAUAGCAGUUCCACAGUUAAAUGAAAAGGGAUGUGUCAUCAAAGUGAGAGACCACAGCCCUGGAAGUAAAACAAAGGAAGACAAGGAGGAGGAAAUCAAGCUGCAGGCAGCCUAUCAUGAUCUGCAAACUGACACAAUCCAGCUGGAAGAGAGGAACGUAUUCUGUGGCUCCUACAGUAUUCGUGUCCUCACUGACCGAUCAGACCCAAACAGAGUAAUCCACUAUGCUGGGGGAGACUUGGUAGCCAUUGGUUCUGCAGAUCGAAAAGUGAGGAUUUUUAAUGUGUUGUCAAUGAGAGAAGUGCCACCUCUGCUCUCUGGGCAUGCUGGAAGCAUCAAAGCACUGCUGCUUGAUGAGAAGAAAGGGCUCCUUCUUAGCACGAGCUGCGAUCUCAGCAUCAGAUGCUGGAAUAUAUAUAGUGGUGCUUGUAUGAAAAUCUUUACUGGUCACUGCAGGACCAUCACCUGCUUGGAUUUACACAGCAAGAAGUUUGUGUCGGGGGGCACAGAUGGGAUGGUGAAAGUGUGGAACUUGGACAGCGGGGUAUGUCUUAAGACCCUGAAACACAGCAAUAUUGUUUAUGCUGUUAAAAUGGAUGGAACCCAUGUUGUCAGUGGGUGUGACAGAGGGCUGGUGAAAGUCUGGCAUGCUGGCACAGGCACUCUGCUCAAACAACUUGAAGGGCACCUAGGCCCAGUGAGGUGCCUGUCCUUUGAUCAGUGGCACCUUGUCUCGGGAAGCAGUGACGGAUACGUCUUGGGAUGGAGCAUGGUGGGAGAGCUUAAGAGGUGCCUCACGGCUUUCCGCCACCCGAAGGAAGUUCUGUCUCUGGAGUUGCUCUAUCUCAGAGUUGUCAGCAGUUGUGCUGAUGGGAAGAUCCGUGUGUUUAACUUCCUGACUGGGAGCUGCCUGAGAGUGCUGCUGGGCAGUAGCAGAGGGGAUCCUGUAUCUUUCUGUGCUUCCGAAAACAGGAUGGUGAUCAGUGCACCCAGCAGCCUGCUGAUGUUCCAGUUUGAGGAUGUCACGUGGGACUACACGCUAGGAGCUGAGCGAGAGCUGGUGUGGAAGCAGAAGCAGGAGAGCUGCCCUUUGGGCACAGCAUUGACUCCCUCCCAGCAAACCAAGAGCCACAUUGCCAGCCAGAUGCGUCGCCUGAAGAUACGAGCUCUGUGCAAUGAACUGAUAAAACCUGCAGCUUGCCAGCAACAGGAGCAUUUGCUUGAGAGCAGGAGGUCUUCUCAAAUCCAGGCAGAGCAGCAAGAGCUUUUUGCUCCUGAUGGCGCAUCUGAAUACGGCACUUCUGUACUUGCACAUCCUGACAGACAGCAGGGAGAGAAAAAGGGCUCACUGUCCUCUAACAAGCUCCUCUUGACUGUCAGCAUGCUGCAGAAGAGUGGCAAGCCAUCCUUUGUCCGCUCCUCUACAAAACAUCCUGCAGCAACCGGGAAAGCAUUGGAAUGUCUGCUGCAACAGCAACAAAAAAGACAAAUAUACACAACCCCUCUGCAACAGAAAAAGGAUCUGGCAGCCCAGUUCCAACGUGCGAGAUCUCACAGUGAUUCUCUGACUAUGAAAAGGAGUUCUGUACCCUUUGAAACGAAAAUGUUGCAACUCAAGCUGAAAAAUUCUUUGCAUGGGCCCACUGUGAAUUCCUCCAUUCCUGCUCCCUGCAUUGUACGUCUCAAGACUUGCGGUGCUUCGCUACAAGGAAAGAAAGUUCAUGGUGCUCACAGUAAAGGCACUUCUCUCCCUGAAGACAGAGUUCAGCACAGUGGUACAGACCGUACAGCUUCUGAACAGAUCAAAUCAACACGUGUGAUGAUCCCACAAAUGAAAAACGAAGCAGUUUGCAGGGGAAAAAAACCCUUUUGUCCACACGCUGCAGAUCCUUCCCAGGCUGACAGUGGGUUCAGACUUCUGACAGGACAGCAAAAGGAGGCACGUGCUGCAGCUGCUGUAGCUCAGUGUCAGGCAAAGCAGGCAAAGCUCGUAGAAGAUCAUCAAAGAGCACGCAAGAAGGCCUGGUUAAGGAAAGCUAAAGGCCUACCUACAGUCUCUUUUACUAAGGAGGGGAAGAUAUUUGCUCCUGAACUUGGACAUAAUACAUUUAUCUGA